AUGGGGUCAAUGGGCUCAGGUCGGGCUGUCCUCACAGGGCAGGUGGCAGCUGUCAACAUCGACUACCCCAAUAGCCGCCAGCACGCGGUUGAGCUGAGCUCGCUGGUGUCCCCACAGGAGAAGAAGAUCUUUGCAGUGCAGGGCCCUUAUCCCGUCAUCCGCCGCCUGCUGCGGGCCCGGGGCUGGGUGGAGAGGAAGCUGCCCCGCAAGGGCAGACAGCUGAAGCAGCAUCCUGGCGACCAAAAGAAACAGGAGCUGGAGAAGAGGGCAAGUGGUGGCGGUGAUGAGCAGGGGGAGGCAGUGCUGAACCCACGUGGCGGGGCACAGCCUUCCCUGGGCACCACAGAGCGCCUGCACCACCCAAGGUCACGCAAUAAGGAGAGCAAGGGGGAAAGGGAAGAUGAAGACAAGAAGAAAGACAAAGAGCACUGCAGUGAGGACUCUGAUGACAUCCAUGACCUCAUGUCCUUCCUGGUGCAGGACCAGGUGCCAAACUUCCUGUGGACCAUUCGCCUUAGCAACAUUGACCAGGAGCUGCUGCCAAAGAUUGAGAUGGUGAACCGCUUUCCCCGGCUGUACGCGCUUUGCACCAAGGAGGGGCUGUGUCAAAGCCUGCAAAACUUGUCCUGGUUUGAGCAAGUCGACCUGAACACCUUUUUCCCCCGGUGCUACCGGCUGGGGCUCAUGGACGAGCAGAAAGCUUUCACUGAGGAUUUCCGCCUGACGGCAGCUCGCAGCCUGCUCAAACUGGCCCUGCAGAAGGUCGAGGACAGGUGGGUGGGGACAGAGCAGUCCCCAAAGGUGCCAGGUGAGUGGCCGCACUCCCCCCUGUAUCCCCAGCUGGUGCAGGAGGCCCUGGAGGUCUGUGAGCAGCACCUGGGCGUCCUUGGGCACCGGGACAUCGACAGGAACACCCCGUCGCCCUGCCGGACAUGCAUCGCCUGGGACCGCUUCCUGCAGGAAUAUUACCGCGUGGCACAUGAGGGGACCAGGCUGGUGCUGAGCACGGAGCAGCAGGAGCAGUGCCGGGACGUGCUGCGGCGCCUGGAGGAGCAGCUGCCGCAGCUCGGCAUAGAGGGCAACCUCAACGUCUGGAUCCUCAAGCCCAGCGCCAAAUCCCGCGGCAGGGGCAUCGUCUGUGCCACGCGGCUGGAGGAGGUGCUGGAGCUGGGGCGGAGCUGCACGGACCCCGCGGCCCGGGUGUGCGAGUGGGUGGUGCAGAAGUACGUGGAGCGGCCGCUGACCAUCUUCGACACCAAAUUCGACAUCCGGCAGUGGUUCCUGGUGACUGACUGGAAGCCACUGACUGCCUGGUUCUACCGAGACUGCUACCUGCGCUUCUGCUCCCAGCCCUUCUCCCUGCGUCACCUGGAGCCCGCCAGGCACCUCUGCAACGUGUCCAUCCAGAAGCGCUACAAAGCAUCACAGCCGGACCCCCGCGUGCCCCCCGACAAGAUCUGGUCCAACAAGCAGUUCCAGGCACACCUGGCACGGCUGGGGCGGGCGGAUUCUUGGCAGCGGGUGAUGGUUCCCGGCAUGAAGGCGGCGAUCCUGAACGCCCUGCGCUGCACCCGGGAUCAGGUGGGCUCCCGCAAGGGCAGCUUUGAGCUCUUCGGGGCCGACUUUCUCAUCGGGGAGGACUUCCAGCCCUGGCUACUGGAGAUCAACUCCUGCCCCACCAUGAGCCCCUCCUCGGCGGUGACCCGCCGGCUCUGCGCCAACGUCCAGCGGGACACACUGCGCCUCGUGCUGGACCGCAAGGACAAUCCCACCUGUUCCAUUGGUGCCUUUGAGCUCCUCUACAGGGAGGCAGCCGUGUCCUCAUGCUUGACUGUGGGGCUGAAGCUGAUGGUCACCGGCUGUUCCCUGAAGAAGUCCCGGCAGGCAAAGCUUCGAUCCCAGGACAAGCCCCCCACCACCAUACCCAGUGCUCCCCAGCUCCCUGCAUCCUCUCAGGACAGAGCCACCAAGGUCCCCUGGUCCAGAGCAGCACGGGAAAAGCUGCCUCCUCUGAGGCCACAGAGCAGCUGCUGCCCACCCAAGCCUGAACCUCCAGCCCUGCCAGAGCCCCCAGACGCCUCUGCUGGGAGCCAGGAGCUGCCAUGGCUUCUUCACCUGGUUAGGCAGCCCGAGGAAGCUCAGCCCCAGAUCAGUAGCUGUCCCAGGGAUGGAGUGCCAGGACCACCAACCCAGGGGCCCCCCAGGAGCCCCUCGCAACCCUCAGGCUGCUCUGCUGGAGACCAGGAGUUGCCUUGGCUCCUUCAUGUGAUCAAGCAGCCCGAGGAAGCUCAGCCCCAGGAAGCCCAAGCCCAGACAACUUCACCGCCGAUCACCAGCUGUGCUCUGGAUAGGGGGCCUGUGUCGCCCCCCUGGGGAGCGACCAGGAGUCCCUUGCAAGCUCUGGGUGGUUCUUCUGGGAGCCAGGAGCUGCCAUGGCUCCUUCACCUGGUUGGGCAAGCCGAGGAUGCUCAGCCUCAGGAACCUCAACCCACGGCAACUCCUCCCCCGACUGAUAGCUGUCCUCUGGAUAGGUCACUACCACCCCAGGAAAUGCACAGUAGGGCCUGGCGACCCCCGGGCUCCUCUGCAGGGAGCCAGGGAUUGCCACAGCUCAGUCAGCCGGGUGGGCAGCCCCAGGCCACUCGGCGCCACACAGUUCUGCCCCCAAUCAAUGCCCGUCGCCUGCCGAAGGGGCCUGUGUCACAGCCCUGGCGACCCUCGGGCUGUGUACCGACUCCUGCAGGACUUCCUGCCCGGCCAGCGCGCCUGUCGGCGCUAUAA